AUGUUCCGUCUCCUCGCCCUCGCCGCCCUCGUGCCCGCCGCGCUGGCGUCGCUGGCGCUGCCGCGCUCCGACCUGCAGGGCGCGGCGCAGUGCGCCAAGGCGCUCUCGCAGCGCAGCUGCGCCUCGCGCUACCCCAUCGACGCCGACAGCAAGGCGACGUGCUGCUACAACGGCGCGCUGCACGCGGGCGAGAAGGAGUCGGGCCUGCUUCUCCAGACGCAGUUCUGGAACGCCCAGCCCUCGUUCGGCCCGGCCAACUCGUGGACGGUGCACGGCCUGUGGCCCGACUACUGCGACGGCAGCUACCCGCAGUUCUGCUCGGCGAGCAGCGGCAUUCCCGAGUACUCGGGUCCCGAGAUCCGCGCCAUCCUUGCCAAGUACAGCCCGGCGACGCUGGCCUACAUGGAUCUCUACUGGCUCAGCAACGACGGCGACAACGCCGGCUUCUGGGACCACGAGUACAACAAGCACGCCACGUGCUUCUCUGCGCUGCGCGCCCAGUGCCAGCGCCCGCACGCCGACGGCCGCUCGCCCGAGGAGGCGGCGCUCGUCGGCUUCUUUGAGGAGACGGUGGAGCGCUUCCGCGCGCUGCCGACGUUCCGCUGGCUCAAGCAGGCCGGCAUCGAGCCGAGCACGACGCGCACCUACGCCACCGCCGACCUCGAGCAGGCCCUGGCGCGCCGCUUCGGCUACGCGCCGCACCUCGGCUGCACCAAGAGCGGCGAGCUCAACGAGGUCUGGUACUACUACCACACCUACGGCCCCGUCGUCGGCGGCCGCUACAUCCCCACGGCGUCGACGUUCAACUCGACGUGCCCCAAGACGGGCGUCAAGUGGCUGCCCAAGUAG